CAAGCCAAACCACCAGUUUGGUGGGAAGCUGAAAAGGGGCGGUGCACUCCCGCCUUGCGCCAUGCUGGCCGCGGACCGCGCGGCUUUCCGCGCCCUGCUGCGCGUCUGCCGCCAUGCGGAUCGCAAUCCCAUCGCCCAGCUGGGCGUUAUAGGCCGUCCGCUCUGGCAGUGGGACUGGCAGCGGCAGCAGGUUGUCCGCAGGUGCUUUGGCAAGUCGCCGUUUGCCGAGGACAUGAUUUGGGAGGCCUGCGGCAACUCCUUGCAGUUCGCUAUGCCUCGCCAAAGUGCCGCACGAGCAUGUCGACGCCACUUCUCCCGCGCCAUGUCUCUGGGCCUGCCAUACCAGGAAGAGGCCAAGGAGUUGUUGGCCAGGUUCACAGAAGCGGCGGACAUGGUGAACGACAUGCUCGGAGAGAACGCCGGAGAACGCCUUCAGCCCCUGGAGAACAUUGGAGCCUGCUCCCGAGAUCUUCUGGCUGGAGACUUCCUGCUUACACAUCCCAUCUCCUGCAUCAGAGAUGCCCAUUUCGACCAGGCGGUGGUGUUUCUGCGCGAGGUCCCAUCGGCGGAAAGUCUCUUUGGCACAGUGGCGGGCUUCGUGGUGAACAAGCCCAGCCAGCAAACCUUGGCCCAGAUCUUGGCUCACGCUCCUCACGAGGAAGCAGCAUGGGCCCAGGAGGUCUUGCAGGUCUGCGCCCACCAGGACUUCAAAGUUUCUCGCGGUGGCCCGGUAAUCAUGGGCCAUUCGCUGAAAGACAACCUCCACGUGAUCCACGGCUUUCCGAACAUCAUGGAUGCUACCCCGCUGGUGCCCGGCGUAUGGCUGGGGGGGCAACUGCAAGAACUCGCGCAGGCGGUGCAAGCGUCCGGCCAAAAGGCGCCUCUGCGCUUCAUCUUCGGGCAGAGUUCCUGGAGCUACACGCAGCUCCAGCUGGAGCUCUCCUGCGGCGUUUGGGCCAUGGCGAGGUCCCAGAAGAAUGCGGUCAGCCUUUGCUUCGGAGAAGAGCAAGGUGCGGACGCCUGGCGCGCGGCGCUGUCGGCGGUGGGGCUGCCCUUCAUGGCCAGCUUCCCCCGGGGCCGGGACCUGGACGAACGCCUCAGCCGCCACGUCCGGGGGAAGCUCUGAGCUCGGCGAAAGGCGGAGCUGGACUGCGGUUGGGUUGGUGAAGAUUCUACUUGCAAGCGGCUUCAGCCUUCCGGGCGCGUCUAGUGUGGGAGGAGUGUCGGCAUGGGCCAGACACGACACCGCUCGGUGGUGCUCGCUCCGGGUUUUUGUCAGAGGUUAGGGACCAUAGGUGUCCUUUUCAGGUAGUUUGG